GGCGACAUCCACAUGACUGAGGUGUUGGGCCUCGGUGUCCCCAGCAUACAAAUGCUCCCGUCGCCUUCCCCGCCAUCCUCCGUCCUCCAUCCUCCAUCCACCUCAUUCCCUCUUCCUUGCCCUUGCCUUCGUCCGUCUUGACUCUUGCCCUCCAUGAGAAUCUUCUCGUGCGUCCUCGCCAGCGCCGCGCUGCUGACCGUCUGCACCAUGCAGACCAUGGCCGUCUUGGUGCCGCCCAAGGGCAUGGACAUUGAAAAGUGGCUCCAGUCCUGGAACUCGAACGCCACCCCGCUCCGCUUCGAUGGCGAUCAGGUGUGGUCGCUCUCUGUCCAGUCUGAGGCCCAGCUUGAGAUGCUCAACAUCAUUGCCGAGACCUUUGCUCUCGAUUUCUGGACUCCUCUUCGUAUUGGCCAGGUUGAUGUCCGAAUCCCGUCCUCGCUCCAAACCGGCUUCAAGAUCCUGUUCUCUCCCUUUGAGUACAGUGUUCGCAUCGACGACGUUCAGGGCCUGAUCGAUCUCCAGGCCGAAGCCGCCGGGCCUGCCCUGGACUCUGACCAGAUCGUCCUCGAUCCGUCCUCAACGCACGACUCGGUCAAGUCUUGGUUCAAGCAGUACCACACCUACGACGAGAUCCUGAAGCACAUCCAUGAGCUGCAGGACAAGCACCCGCACCUCAUCCAGUCUUUUACCGUCGGCCAGACCUUUGAGGGAAGAGAUAUUCAUGGCUUCAAGGUCCACAACAACGCCAGCUCGGCCCAUCCAGUGCGCGACAUUGUCUUCCACGGCGGACACCACGCUCGAGAGUGGAUUGGCCCCGCUGUGGUUGUUUACAUGCUCACAGAGCUGGUUGAAAAGUACAGUCAUGAUGAACGCAUUACCGCCUUGGUCGAUACUUUCCGAUUCCACAUCAUCCCCGUCCUCAACGUCGAUGGAUUCGUCUACACCCACACUCACAACCGCAUGUGGAGAAAGAAUCGCCAGCCCAACAACUUGUUCUGUAUCGGCACCGAUCCUAACCGCAACUGGGGAUACAAAUGGGGCGAGAAGGGCUCCUCGACCAACCCCUGCCGUGAGGACUACCAGGGUCCCUUUGCUUUCAGUGCUCCCGAGAGCAAGAACAUGGCCAACUACCUCGCCCAGCUCGCCCCUAACGUCGUCUCAUACAUUGACUGGCAUGCAUUUGGCCAGAUGUGGAUGUAUCCUUAUGGCGCUGACUGCGAUCGAUCUGUUGAGCCCGUCAUCGGCGAGGCCGCUCAAGCUGCGGCCAAGGCCCUGAAGAGCGUCCACGGAACCAAAUACGCUGUUGGGUCCAUUUGCAACGUCAUCUACGUGGCCAGCGGCUCCUCCAUCGACUGGGCUUAUACCUCCGCCAACGUCACCUUUGCCUACGGAGUCGAGCUCCGCGACACUGGCAAGCACGGAUUCCUGCUCCCUCCCGACCAGAUCAUCCCCACCGCCGAGGAGACCUUCGAAGGCGCCUUGACCCUCUACGAGUUCAUCGCCAAGCACGAGAAGCAGCAGCUCUAGGAUUCCGAGGGAUAUCCGGAGCCUUACUCUGCUGCGAUAUGCUGUGCCACGGUGUGAUCGGUUGCGAUGUUGUCCUCCGCCCUCUCCUACGACAAUUGCUUACUGCUCUGGAUGUGCCGUGAACGAAUAAAUGAAUGUGUGAAUAUACUUGGCCAUUCCAGUCUCCAUCGGCCUUCAUCUCCUUGCAGACCCAUUCAUCGAUGC